UUAGAUAAUAAUAUAUUUCAUUUACUGUACGAAAAUUCAUUCAUACAAUGUUAUUAAGAACAUAAAGAAGGUCUUGAAUAGUGUGAUAGAUGAAAUAUAGUGACAAAACUUGCCCGCGUAAAACUUGACCUUUCAAUUGCAACUUCGGAAAAGGUCAAGGCCACCGAAUUAUUGAGCUUAGAAAAUGUGGUUUUGAAUGCUAAUAUUUGCAUUAAUCUUGGGUGAAAAACUCAAUAAAGUCUAUCAGAAUUGUUUAUAAGAGUUCAUUCUUCAUAGUUGUAGCAUGAUUGAUCAAGUUUGACGAAGAAUUAUUAAAGAUUGAACAUUUCUUUUCAUCGGACCCGAUCGUACUUCGGCUCGGCAUUGUGCGAUUUGGAGUUGGAAACAGUCGUCGAAACCGAACAAAACACUCCUACAAAGUCGACAAAAUACGGCUAAUUUGGACAAGAACUCAAGCAUCGAAGAUUUAAGGAGGUACUAGCACAGAAAAAAUGGCAGCCGAUGAAAUUGUCACAGAAGUGGAUAGAAACAGAUUUUAGUUUUUAACAGUGGGUCAUAUUGACAGAGACAAUCAUGAUGAAACAGUAGAGGCACACCUUUUGACGUUAUGACUCUGCGGUUUGAUGGUGGCAGAUAAGUCCCCCACUUCUCACCAGGACACGAUUCCAGUUACCAUAGCAACAUCUGACAAGGUCGUCAUGGUAACUCUGAUCACAGAAAAAUUGAGAAAGCAGACUCUCCAAGACGAUGGCAACUCAGAACUGGGUUACGACUUUGGCCAUUGGCCCUGCUACCAGUGUAGUUAUACUUACAAUAGACAGAUUCGUCAAACCUGUGAGAUGUGUGGGGUAGUGCGGGAAUAUGCGUGUCCAGCUAACAGUGACUAUAAUAAAGGACCACAGAGUAUACUAAAAUCAAGUGAAGACCCAAGUCCACCAUUGUUCGGGUGUCGGCCAUUUGCAUUGGCCUGGCCUAGUGGUACCUUCAAAUCUUCAGGCCAUGAGAUAAGCAAGCCCUCAGGACAAAAUAUAGCACACACGCCCAUGGCAGGCCCAUAUGGUAUACACAAGCCGCAAGGGUCUGAUUUAGUUCACAAAAUGCCAAGGUCAGACGGUAUCCAGGCAACAGAUGCCCCGGUACAGCUGCUCUGUCCCAAGACAGUUAACUUUACGGCAACUGUAGAACAUAAAUCUAUAAGUGGCUCACCAACAUUGGGUCUGACCAGUCCUGCAGACUCCUCUACACCUCUAGAGUCGGCGCAGGGCACACACUUAACACUAGAGACACCUCCAUUCUGUCCCCAUUGUCAGUAUAAAGAUAAAUGUACGGUAUGCGACCCUGUGGCCAAUACGCCGCCUGCUCCCCCUAAGAAACGUCAUUGCCGUUCAUUGUCUAUUCCCGGUGAUGGAAGUGUAAAUUGGCCGACUCCACAUGGAUCUCAUAUGUUUCGCCCGGUGGCCAUUAGGUCGCAUUUAAAUAACAAUCGCUUGGUGAAAAACUGUAAUUCUCCUCUUGGCCAUCAUUCGGGUAGCAAUAGUAGCAUUGGGCCACACAUAACAGGAGUAGUGCCACCUAGUGGGCUGUGGAUGACACCUCCAGAGUCUCCGAUUCCUCGCCCAGCAUCAGCGUCUAGUGGCUUUUAUGAAAGUUCAUUUAGUUCCCUGUCGGCCCCAUGGUUUGACAACAGUCCAAACAAAGAUCCAAAAUAUGACGCAUUGAAGUCGCGUAGUCUUUCAUUGGAGGAUCCAAUCUCAUCGCAAUCACAAGACAAUUCAACAUCCAUGCCUACCAUGCCUGGUUGCCAUGGCAGCACACCAUCAUCGCCACGACGUCAAAGAAUUCCUAGAUGUAGGUCACAGCCUAGUGUACUUAAUGACCGCAAAGGUGGCCUAAAGCGGAGGAGAGGUGAAGACCGGCCUGCUUUAGAUUUCCAUAAAAUGAAAGAGACAGCCUAUGACCACCGCACAACUAGAAGGCGUAAUCUGUCAGAGAAAGGCCGCAGAAUUCCAAGCCCACAGGCACACAAUAUGAGAUCAUCCAGAAGUCUAGCAAGUGUUUUCUCUGAACACGAGAAUUCUUUCGGUUUGAAGACUAUCGCUAGUUCUCCCCUGGACAGUGUUGUACCGCUUGUUAUUACGCCGGUUGGUAGUCCACCCUCAAUCGUAGCCCUAACAAAUAUCGAGAAGCCAGGGGAUCCCGAGCCAUUCUUCGACAGUGGCUGUAGCGAUAUUGGUGACCCAUCGGAGAGCAUUUCAUCUUUCGUUACAGCUGAAGAAAACUACGAAGGCGAGAAUUCGAUGAAUAGCCAAGACACGCUGUUCGAGAUUGACGUCCAUGCUGACUUGGACCUUGAUCAAAUCGAGAAAGAUUGAAAAGAAUCGUGGUGAAUCGUGACAACUUUGCUGCAACUACACACACAAUGCACUUUCUCAUUUGAUAUUAAUCAAACUGACUAUAGAUGUGGGUCACAAUGGGAGGACACUCUUUGAGAGACCUCUAUAUCUCGAUGUCCUGGGAGAAAUAUUGGAAAAAUGUCCAAUUAAAGAGUGCCAACAAUAUGAGUUAACGUCUGACCCCCUUCAAUUACAGUACCUUAAAUAUGUCAAAAAAUUAUUCAGUUGAUGUCACAAUAUGGCUUUGAAUGAUGUCAUGAUAUCCAACAUGAUGACAUAAGGAAGUUAUCAAAAUACUAAGGGAGGCAGGCUGGGAACAUUUAACGCACAAAAAAAUGCAGAACGGGAAUCUAAAACUUUCUCAUGAUGUGAAUGAAAAAUUUCCUAUGAUUUGUUUUGACGGAAAGUAUCGUUCACAUGUAUACUCUGGGCAAACUCAUGUAGCUUCGGCUUCAUAAGUUUAAAAUAUUUUUGAGCAAGUCACUGCCACUUUUGAGCCUUAAGACACAUGAGUUAUCCCAGCCUACAAAUGGGAAAUCUUACAUUAUGAAUGAAUAUUAAUGUUAUCUUAUUUAAAUGACACUGAAAGUGAAUAUACAUCCAUUGGGAGGUGGGAAUAUAUGAGCGUGAUAUACUGUAUAUUCUAGCCAAUUUUACUUCACUGUAAAUAGCACAAUGUGCUCUUAUUCGACAUUAUGUUGUAAACCUCACUAAUGGUAAACAUAAUCCAACCAUUUUGAACAGGGUGGGACAAAAUAUUUGUGCCAUGCAACUUUCACUAUGUGUUUUAGACAAAUCACUCUUUAUAAUGCUUAUGCUGAGCAAAUAUUUUGUACCACCUUGUCAUGUGGUAUAGUUAAAGAAUACGCUUUGUGUAGCAUACAAAAAAUAUCCAAUACAAUUACAUCUACUACAGAACUACAUCUCAUAAAAUUAUGAUUUGUAUUCGAUAGAGUAAACUUGAAAUAUUACAGCUGACUUAGCAGUAAGAGAAGUUAAAGUUGAAACUAUGAUGUAUCGCACAAUAAAUCAGGAUGAUUGAUCGCGUUAAAAUGAGAUAAACAGUACAGCUCAAUGGCUGACAUUUUAUACAGUUCAAGCUGCCUAGAUGUAAAAUGUCCUGAAUGUCAUGAAAAUGACAUUCAUUUGAAAUGCAGAAUAAGGGAAGGUUUUGAGUGUUAUGUAUGCUCUCUAAAUUGCCAGAAAAUCUGGCUGUUCAUUCAAGAUUUUGAGAGAAGAGACAUGGAAUUGGCAUGACUGGAUUCGCUUUCAAAGAAUAGGUAUCUAGUUGGAAGAGGUGUUCCUCAAUCAAUGUGGUAUAAUGAACCACAUUGUGGUCUGUUGUACUAUAAUGUGGGAACUGGCCGAUCUGCCACAUUGUUACAAUGUAUGUAGACGAAACAAGAAGACACUUAAAUACUCGAUAAACUAUCAAUUCAGGAAUUGUAGAAUUUUAUUAGCUUCCUUAAUAGAGGGAGCUUUAAACUUAACCUAAAGAUGGCAACACUGUAUACUAGUAGUGCAAGUGCUGGCACCUUUAGUGAGUUUGUUGGAUCUCUGGAAGAAUACGUGUACUACCUUCAAAUUGCAGUAAAAUCUCUGCAUAUCUGUUUGUAUCCUAGCUUGGCAGAGAGAUGUAGAAUGCAUGUUUUUCAUUAUACAUGUACUUCAUAGUUGUACAGUGUAAAGUGUAAAAGUACACAUAUAGUCUGAAUUGUAUCAUGGGCUUUCAAGAUUUUCCCUUGAAAGCCCAUGAUUGUAUACACAUGUUAAUAUGGUUUAGGCUGUACAUAUACAUGUUAAUAUGGUCUGAACUGUACAUGUACAUGUUAAUAUGGUCUGAACUGUACAUAUACAUGUCAAUAUGGUCUGAACUGUACAUAUACAUGAUAAUGUGGUUUGAACUGUACAUAUACAUGUUAAUAUGGUUGGAACUGUACAUAUACAUGUUAAUAUAGUCUGAACUGUACAUAUACAUGUUAAUAUGGUCUGAACUGUACAUAUACAUGUUAAUAUGGUUGGAACU